AUGGCCGACACACUAAAAGAUAGUCUGUUUGCAGCAAUCGUGCGAGUUGCCAGUGGUCGUCGAUUACUGAGAUUUGAAGAUGAGCAUGACGAGAAGAAGCGCGAUGAGUAUUUGUACGGCCGCCACUCCACUUUCACCAACGGUGCCACCCCGACACCUCAGAGUAGCUCGGACACGACACUUACAGACCAUGCAAUCCCGCCAACGGAUCCGGACAGAGCAGAGAAGGGCGAGAAAGCUUUGCUUGUUGAGUGGCUAGAGGACGACCCUCACAACCCACUCAACUGGUCUGCUACGAAGAAGACUUUCGUCAUGUUCAACAUCUGCUUCCUGACGACCUCAGUGUACAUCGGCUCUGCCAUCUACACAGCUGGACUUCAAGGAGUGAUGGAGCAGUUUCACAUAUCACAGACCGUGGCCAUCCUGGGCUUGACUUUAUACGUUGCUGGGUAUGGUCUUGGGCCGAUGCUAUGGGCACCCAUGUCCGAAGUACCUUUUUUUGGCCGCAAUCCAAUCUAUGUUGGCACUUUGUUCGUAUUCGUUGCUCUCAAUUUCGGUGUCGUCUAUGCCAAGAACACUGGCAUGCUGCUUGCUUUCCGUUUCUUGACCGGCUUUUUUGGAUCUCCAGUUCUGGCUACCGGCGGCGCCAGCAUUGCCGACCUCUACAAGCCAGCCAAGAGACCAUACGCGCUCGCCAUCUAUGGCAUGGCAAAUGUUCUGGGCCCCGUCCUAGGUCCCUUAGUCGGUGGCUUCGCCGCUGAAGCGAAGGGUUGGAAGUGGACGAUCUGGGAGCUCAUCUGGCUAUCCGGAACUGCUCUUGUCUGGCUGUUCUUCACGCUUCCGGAGACUAGCGCGGGCAACAUACUCUACCGCCGCACAAAGCGCCUCCGCAAGCACCUGCCAGCAGGCGUCGAAAUCGAAUGUGAAGCCGAGAUUGAGGCAAGACUGAUCACGCCUCGUGAGGGGCUGAUGAUGACUUUUGUUCGGCCGUUCACGCUCACAUUCUGCGAACCAAUUCUGCUGGUCCUCAAUCUUUACAUCGCUCUGGUCUAUGCACUUCUGUACCUGUGGCUCGAGUCGAUACCGCUGGCCUUCGAAGGAAUUUACCAUUUCAGUCUUGGUCUCACUGGAGUCGCUUACUCUGGACUUUUGGUCGGCGCAAUCAUAACGCUUGUGAUCUUCUUCGUCCACUAUCGCUGGCGUGUAGAGCCACAGUUUGACGAGAACGGUGAUAUUCAUCCCGAAGCUCGACUUACCAUCGCCUUUGCGGGCGCCUUCGGCCUGCCUAUCUGCCUGUUCAUGUUUGGCUGGACCGCAAGACCGGACAUCCAUUGGAUAGUGCCUAUCAUAGGGACUAGCUUCUUCUCUUUCGGAGCCUUCUGCCUCUUCAUGGCGGUUUUGUCGUACAUUGGCGAUGCAUAUCCGAAGUACAUUGCCUCCGUCUACGCUGGCAACGAUCUCUUUCGGUCUGCAUUCGGUGCAGCCUUUCCGAUCAUCGCAGGUCCCAUGUUCCGCAAACUUGGGCUCGACUGGGGCAAUAGCUUGCUAGGCUUCAUUUCGAUCCUGUUCAUCCCAGCGCCUUUCAUAAUCUACUGGAAGGGUCCUGCAAUACGUCGGAGAAGCAAGGCCGCGCGCCAUGAUAUAUGA